AUGUCCAACACAAACGGGGUUCCCAGGUCAAUUGAAUUCUAUGGUCGGAGCUACCGACUUCCUCGUCAACCCACAGUAAUUGUCUGCGUCGAUGGUUUUGAUCCCGAAUAUCUCGAACGAGGUUGCGCUGAUGGCAUUCUCCCGAACUUCUCCAGAUUCCUUGAAUCCGGGUUCCAUGUCACGGCAAAGUGCGCAAUGCCUUCAUUGACAAAUCCCAACAAUGUAUCUAUCAUCACCGGCGUCCCAACUUCAGUCCACGAUAUCUCGGGAAACUUCUACCUCGACAAAGUCACUGGCGAAGAGCACAUGGUGCUCGAUGAUUCGCUGCUCCGAGGUUCCACAAUUUUGGAGCAGAUGGCAAACAAUGGCGUCCGCGUUGCUGCCAUCACAGCGAAAGACAAGUUAAGAAAGAUCCUCAAUCACGGCCUCUCGCCGUCGAAAGGUGCCAUAUGCUUCUCAGCUCAAGCAGCCAAGAGCUGUACGGAUGCAGAACAUGGGAUCAGCAAUGUGGAAAAGUGGUUGGGUCGUCCUGCACCUGAGCAAUACUCUGGGGAUCUGUCGAUAUACGUCCUCGACGCUGGACUCAAGUUGCUGCAAGAAAAUCGAGCUGAUUUGUUCUACCUGACCCUGUCGGAUUUCAUCCAACACAAAUAUGCUCCUGGAUCACCGGAAUCGGAUGAUUUCUUGCAACUCCUUGACCAUCGGCUUGGGAAGUUUGAUGAGCUGGGAGCCAUUGUAGCCAUCACUGGUGACCACGGAAUGAGCGACAAGUCGAACGAAGACGGCUCCCCCAACAUCCUCUUCUUGGAGACAGAGUUGAUGGCCAAAUGGCCCAAGUGUAGCGCACGAGUUAUCUGUCCGAUCGCAGACCCGUUCGUGAAACACCAUGGCGCAUUGGGAUCUUUUGUUCGAGUCCACCUGCUAGGUGAAUUGGGGACCAAUGAUAUCGAGGAUAUGGUUCAAUACUGCCACUCGCUCUCUCAAGUGAAAGCCGCAUAUACUGGAGCAGAAGCCGCCACCGUGUUUGAGAUGCCACCUGAUCGGGAGGGUGAUCUUGUUGUUGUUUCGGAGAAGAAUGCUGUGAUUGGCAGUAGAGAAGAUGAGCACGACUUGUCGCAACUUCAAGGAUUCAGAUUGCGGUCUCAUGGAGGAGUGUCUGAGGAAAGAAUCCCAUUGAUCAGAUCUACACCAUUAUGUGGUCGGGAGCGAGUUGAACCGCAUGUAUGGCGGAACUUUGAUGUUUUCGAUGUUGCUCUCAAUUUUUGA